CUUAGUCUCACUCUCUAAGUGCAUGUUUUGUUUGUUUCAGUAUAGACAUAUCAAAAUUGUUUCAGUAUAGAAUGAAAAGCAUCGCAUGCUUUGACGGAGUUCCUUCCCUCCGGUGAGCGAAGAAUGGAUGAGCGCAAGGGAAUCAUAACUUUUAGAGACGAUGAAGGACUUGAAAGGGGAAAAGUUAUUAAAUCGGAUCUAUUUCAAGCAAUUGAAGAAUCUCUUUAUGCAAUUGUUGUGCUCUCCCCAAAUUAUGCUUCUUCAACCUGGUGCUUAGAUGAACUUCUAAAGAUUCUUCAUUCCAAGAAGGUGUUGGGUCUUCAAGUAUUUCCAAUCUUUUAUGGUAUCGAUCCAUCUGAUAUUCGGCAUCGAAAAGGAAUGUUUGGAAAAGCAUUCAAAGAGCUUCAAGAAAAAUUUAUACAAGACACAAUGAAGGUGCAAGAAUGGAAGGAUGCGUUGGAAGAAAUUGUUAACUUGUCUGGUUGGCACUCCAAGAAUCGGUAAUUUCUACAUCUCUCACUAAUUAUCAUCACCUUUUCUUCAAUAAU